UCUACACUUGAAAUCGGACACGAAGCACGCUAAAAGGUAGAUUAGUUGCGAAAAGAAAAGCAGAGCUUCACUUCUUCGUCUUCAAGUUGCUUUCCUUAAAUUUGCCAUUAUUGGUUCAUGUUACACCAUUGAGCUCUAUUAUCAACUUGGGUGAAAACUGGUACACGAUGUAAAAAUUUAUUGGUUCCCAAUUGGAGCGCAGUUUUAUUACAAUUUCUUCCAUCCAAUUUCAAUUUGUUUAUUCCGUCUAGUUUUAUUUUGUUUGUUUCAUUGAAAAGUUUUCAAGCUCUGUCAAAAAGUAUAGAGUUUUCUGCGAACUUUGUCAACCUUAAUGCCACUUCAUCUAGAACUAUAGUUAUGAUGCUGACUAAUUAUAAUGCGCCAAUUUGGAUGCUGAUAAUCGGACAAACGCUGUAGCUUUUAGUUUCUACAACUUGACAAAAGAAACUUCUGUAAAUUAUUUUGCUCCUAUUUUUUCGCAAAAUGUCCAAAAUUAACUCAGCAGACAUUAUUUUACGAGCAACGGCAGAAGACGGGAACCAGAGCCUGGGCGCUGAGGGGGGCUUCAGCCUAGAUCCAGCCAGUCAACAGCUGUUUUCCGUUAUCUCCUAUACCCUUUUCAUUAUGGGCUCUGCAGCUUUUUUCGCAAAUCUGGCUAUUUUUAUUCUAUUACUGCAGAAACCGAACAAACAAGCGAGUGAAAUACUGGUUUUAUGCAAUCUGGUCAUAGAUGCUAUUUACGCCCUGAACUUGGCCUGGGUGGGCUUGUGUAAUGUUGCUGAUAUUUUUGUCGAUAAAAUCGUAGGCUUGAAGUUCCAAUGCAUAAUUCGCAGAAUCCCUUACACUUUUUUAAUUCUAGCUUCACUUUUACUUCUCAUAAUUAUGACGCUCAAUCGUUAUGUAGCUGUAAAAAUGCCGUUUCGCUACAAAGUUUUGUUCAAAACGGUAAAUGUUAUCAAAUACUUGUUGGUUAUUGGCAUUUUAAGCACUCUAUUCACUAGUUUUGACCUGGCGCUGUGUAUAUUGGACGCUCACGAGGCUGAAAGUUACUCCCAUAUCUUUACGCUAGUUUGGGUUUAUGUUAAGUUUCUGCUAAUUGGAGUGGUGGCCGUUCUCAUGUUCGUCAUGUACAAAUCCAUCUCCAAACAAUUCGGAGACAACAACUUCUGGCUCCCAAUUUUGCUACCGUUCAAAGCUUUAGUACUCUGUAUAUGCUGCAAAAAGAUCAUAGAACCCCCCAACUUAGCAGACCAUUGUGCAAGUCAGCACACUUUGAACCGGCCACCUGUUAGCAGAACAGAGCACCAAGCAGCCACGAAAAGUGCAAGUGCUGCCGCCGCGACAGCUCCAAAAGUAACGACAAGCGGAAACUUCCUGAGACCGGUUAUCAAGUUGUCAGUCGUCAGAAGUAACUCGACCCCUGACGUGUCAAAUGCAAACACGGAUUUGCUCGAUGUGAUGCGAAGAGACAACGAGCAACACGCGAACUCCACCGCAGAAAACUCAAAGGAUGUGCAGCCAGCGAAAGGUUCAAAACUGGAUAAGCACACUUCACUUCUGGACGUGAACAAGAUUGAAGUGGACAAGUCGCCGCUGCACUCAGCCAGCUCCUCAUCGCUGCAAGGUGGAGAGAGAAGAGUCAGCUCGGGUUCUCGACUCUCGCGCCAGUUCAAAAUGCUAGGAUCACUAGUGACUCAUCACCGCAAACACCACGAUCAUGACGAGAAAGCAGAUCACGCAAAAGCAUCUGCCGAGCAAAAGCGGGAGAAAAAGAAACAUCACCUCACUACCACUUUCUUCUUCAUAAGCGUCAUUUUCAUCAUCGUGUCACUUCCCAGCUCUUUAGCCCAAGUCAUGAGUCACUGGUUCCCGGACCGCAUUUCCGGUAACUUUUCCUGGCGACUCUACCUGAUAACCGAAACCUUGUACGGCCUCAACUUUCUCCUCAACCCCUAUCUCUACUCGUUCAAUAACUCCUACAUCAAACGACGCCUCACCAGCCUCUUCUCAAGCGUGCUGCGAAAAGUGAGCAAAAGUACUCGCAGAAGUGGACUCCACCAGGAGUGCAACAACAAACAAGUGCACCAAAUAAGACCAAGUGCUGUUCACGAAAGGAAACGUUUGGAAGAUUGUGACGUAUGACGACACUAAAAAACUUUAACCUUUCAAUUUGAAUUGUCAAAAGUACAUUUGCUUGUUCUUUGGUUGCUAUGAAGUUUGAAAUGUUCCUUAAUUACAAGCCCCGCCCGACGUGAAAUAAUUUACUCCUUAUACACUCAACUUUAGAUAAUUUCUCUCUGAUCCACGAAAGUCAUUUAUGCGAGAUGAAGAAACAGAAAUCGCCCGAUUUCUUCCAAAAUUUUACAAACCGGGCUAGCGUAUCAAAAAAGAUGUGCAUCAGUUUUUAUUUUGUCAGUUUUAUUCAUCCAUGAUGAUAUUAAUCAGAAUUUGAACGUAUCUUAAUGUUAACUCCACAAUU